AGUUAAUGUAUUUUUAAUGCCAACUCGACUUUAAAUAUUUUCAAUUAUUUUAGCUCAAAAGAAGUGCAAAAUGAUAUUUCAAUAAUUUCCAAUACUUAUUCGCCUGAUCUGGCAACGCCGUUCGUUUGCUUGACCAACUUUAAGAGUCGCCCAAAAGAGCCCAAGCCGCAGCUGGCGAUCGAGCCGCUAGUCACGUCACGUCACCUUCCCGGUAUAAAACCAAAUGCGGAGCAGCUAAUGCAAUCAGUCGCCAGUCGCCAGUUGAAGAGCCAACAACAAGUGUGUACGCAAAACAGUCUAAAGAAGAAGAAGAGUAAGAAGAAGAGGAAGAGCAACCGUGAAAAGUGUUCGAACCGUAGCCAAAAUAUGUUUGCCCCAAGCCAAUUGAGAUUAAUCGAAGGAGCAUUGCUUGUGCUGCUCGUGCUGUUGCUGGCCGGCAGCGAGUCGCGUCCCAUGGAUCUGUACGAUGAUGUUAGCGAUUUCUUUGAUGCCAUCUCGUUGGACGAUGUGGCCAAUACCGGUCGCAAUACGCAUCCGGAACAGUUCUGCAUGAUGCCGGCACGCAAGGGCGUCUGUCGGGCCCUAAUACCGCGUUGGCGCUACGAUCCGGAGCAGAAAAAGUGUGUGGAAUUCAAGUUCGGUGGCUGCGAUGGCAACGAGAACAAUUUCCCCAGCUACAAGACCUGCAUGGCCACCUGUGAGGGCAUGUAGGAGAGAGAGCUGAGGGAGCUGAGGGAAGGGAAGGAGUAAUCUGCUGAUCGACCGUAUCCGAUCGGCUGGCGUUGCCAAAGGCGCAUGCUUUUUUUUCGUCCUCUGUCAAGUAGCGAAUCAAGGGCAGCAUUUACUUAUAGAACACACACUCGCACACACACACACCUGCACACACUCGCACACCCAUUAAGCAACUGUCCUUCAAUAAUUGUCUUUAAUAUUUAUACAGUUUCCUUAAAAUUUUUAAGUAAAUUCAUGCAUCAUUCCUUCAGACAAAACCCAUUGUAAUUGUAAACAAAAAAAAAGGUGUCUAACACUUUUCUAGCUCUUAGGUUAUUGUGAUAAAUAUUCAUGAUGAAAUAAAGUAUAAAAGAGGAAAA